UGUCAGGAUCAACAUCAAUCGCCGUUUAUACCAUCUGAUUCAAACGCUACUCUCAUUCGGCUUCGUUCAACAGCACUUCAUAUCACAACAUACAAUCUAACCCUGGUUUGUUUGUCUGCGGCGCGGGACUUGGUAAGGAAACAAGACAACUGUCUAGUAUUCACUCUUCUUUCUUCUUUCUCUUCUUCUUGCUUUCUUCUUCUUUUUCAUACUUUCUUCUCUUUGUCCUCCUUUCUAUCUUCCCAUGUUCCUACAUUUCUUUACCUCUUCCUUGCAACCCCCUAUUCUCCACACUAACAAACAAACCAGAGUUGGAUUGUACAUAGCUUUCGCCAUGGCACCAGAAGCAAAUGAAGAUCUCCCUUCCACCCUCGGCAAGCUCUCUAUCAACACCACUGAGCUAGAGACAGCACCCCCACCACGGACCAAGGCCCAAAAGAAGAAGAGCAGCCCCGUGGCGGACAGCUGGGAAGACGAAGUCGACGUCAACGAAGACGACGACGCAGUAGCUACCCCCGUGGCCACCAGUAGCAGCCAUGCGGGCACCUCAGCGCCACCACCAACGCCACUCUCCCCCGUUGAGCACAGCAAGCGACCCUUCCCCGCCCCGGCGCUCUCGAAUCCUGGGUUUACCAUCCCACCCUUUGAUGGCGCAGGCGGUUACCCAUCGCCGUCAUCAUCUUCGACAUCAGCAAGCGGUGGGCCAUCCAAACGGCCCGAGAAGACAGACGCCGUAGCGCGGCGCAUGAUUGCCAGUGCGCUGGGCAUGAGGGCCCCAAAGCCGACCGAGGAGCAGCGGGCGUAUGACAGGGCGGUCCGCGAGAAGGAGAGGAAAAGGAGGGAAGAGGAGAAGGAGAGGGAGCGGAAGAGGGAAGAGGAGGUUGCCAAGGCUAGACAAGCCAUAUGGGAUGAUUGAAAUUUUGUUGUUUGAGUGUCUUGGAUGAAUGGGGUCUUGGAUGCGGAAUUGUUGCAGUCGAUUUGGAUAAUCAUGGCGGGAGGGCGGAAGAAAUACUGCUCCUGAGGAGUACUAGACGAAUUGUGAAUAUUCGAAGUUCGUGAGGAAAGUUUGAUGAUGUUGGAUUGGAUCAUCCUUGCGCCCUCUUGUAUAAAUUCAGAGUGGCUG